ACUAUGGCCUAUCCAGUUGCCAAUUCUGCUUACUUGAAACUUGGGUGUAAUUCACUUUACUUAUUUCCUUCUCUAGGUUUGUUCAUAUGUUCUUGGCUGUCUUCGUUUUCUUAAAAUUGUUUUAGGAUAUGUUUAUUGAUAUGUAACAUGGUUUGAAGAAUCAGAUUGGAAUUGGUGGAAUUGGUAAAAUCGGCUGACCCUGAUUUCGAUUAAUGUAGAUUUCCAUAGUAUAUUUUGGAAUCGGCCAAGAAUACUCUUUGAUCUUCAUCUUUUUAACCAUUUGCCCCUCCUUCUAGUCAGUAAAAUUGCAGGAAAUCUAUCAAGCUCACUUCUUGUAGCUAGAUUUAUAGGACUUUUGAAUAAAAAACGUCGAAAAUUUUUAAAAAUCGAUGCCAAUCUUUGUUUUUUCUUUUCAAUUCUAUUUUCUAAGGUUUUGGUCAAUUUCAAUUGAUUCCCUGCUGAAUCCGAUCUGAUCUGGAUGAGAAUUGGCGGAGGCAUCUUAUGCCCAGUUCCAAAAUUUUCAUGGUCAUCUGCAAUUCCCGGGUCUUGGUCUAUCCUUGUUUCUCUUUCUUUAUUUACUUCUCUACUCAGUUAUUAUCUCUAGUGCCAUAUCAACCUUACAGAAAUGUCUGGUUGAAAGAGAUUUGUAAGGGGUUGUAUGAUAUUGAGCUAAUGAUCAUAGAAGCCACAGCAUCCAUCAAACAUAUCCACACGUAGUAGGAUAAGAUCCUUUCGUGCAACAAAGAGAUAUGGACAACCCAUCCACGAGAAUCAAGUAAGAGUUUCCGACAGGAAAGAGGUUCAGGAGGGACAUCAGAUCAGCUGCACAUUGAUGCUGAUGAUCUACCGGCCGCUGUGGGCCAGUGGCAUUAGCCUGUGGAUCUGAAUUCUUGUAAACAUGUUCGCAUCACCUUUCGAAAAGAGAUUGCGAUUGGGACCUGGGAGAUAUGCAGUUAAUAGCCCAUGAUACUAAGAAACAAAAAGCUUGAAUUUGGACUUUCAUGGUAAGUAUUUUCUCUACUUUCCUAUAAUAUAAUUCCUCAGGAAACAGAAAAGCAAGUGGGGUUUUGAAUCUCUGAUUUAGGAAUAAUUAGAACAUGGCUGUUGCCACCGACAGUUGAGGGGGUUGGAAUAGGAAUUUAGGAUCAUGGAUCGAAUAUGUAAAUAUCCAUCCAAAAUCUCCAAAACCAAGUAUGGGUCAUCAUGUGAACCACUGGUCCACAUGUUCUGGGAAUCUAGCUAAGUUCAUAAAAUGGGAUUCGUGAUCUUGAAGACUAUCUUUGUCUCUUCCUUUUUCUUGCCUCCUUCUUCUUGCUUUCUUAACAAUUCUUCCCUCGUUAAUGAGCUGUCUUCCUCUCUUUGCUGUCAUUAUAAUUGCGGUUAGCUACCGCAAAAACAAAAAGUUAAUGGCAGUUAAUGAUAAGGGGGCCUUUUAAGGUUUACUUAGAGGGAGAAGAAGAAGAAGAAGAAUAUGGGUGACGGACGAGCUGCUUCUUCUCUUGUUCAGGUCCUGAUAUAUCAGGUAUCUAUAACAUUAGUAGUAGUAGUAGUGAGCUUGGUCCCUCCCAGCUUUUGUGAUGAAUGUAGCAGGAAGCCAGUAAUCUUCAACUUCGGCGACUCCAACUCAGACACUGGCGGGAUCGCCGCUGCUCUCGGCCUUCCCAUUGGCCUUCCCAAUGGCCGUACUUUCUUCCGUCAAUCCUCCGGCAGAUUAUCUGAUGGUCGCCUCGUCAUUGAUUUACUCUGUGAAAGUUUGAACAGAAGUUAUAUGACCCCAUAUUUGGAGUCAGUGGGCCCAAAUUUCACAAAUGGAGCAAAUUUCGCAAUAAGUGGAUCGGCUACUCUACCAGAAUUCGUACCUUUCUCUUUGGACAUUCAGGUUCUUCAGUUCCUUCGCUUCCAAAGUCUUUCCCUUCAAUUCACAGCACAAGGUUGGAAGGAUUUGGUCGAUGAAGAAGGCUUCCAGAAUGCACUUUACAUGUUUGAUAUCGGACAGAAUGAUCUCGCUGGUGCAUUCACUGACCUUUCCUAUGAACAAGUCAUCCAAAAAAUCCCUUCUUUCCUAGCAGAGAUCAAGGUUGCGGUCUGGAACAUAUAUAAGAGUGGAGGCAAGAACAUUUGGAUACACAGCACAGGCCCUCUUGGUUGUUUGCCUCAGAAGCUUUCGACAAUGGCCGCCAAAACGGCCGCCGAAGUUGAUGAGUAUGGGUGCCUCAAGCAACUAAACGAUGCUGCAAAACAGUUUAAUGAAGGGCUGAGUGCCCUUUGUACAGAGCUAAGAACCCAAAUGAAGAAUGUCACCAUUGUUUAUGUAGACAUAUAUGCCAUCAAGUAUGACCUCUUCGCAAAUUCUACUAAGUAUGGUUUUGAGAAUCCAUUAAUGGCGUGUUGUGGUUAUGGUGGUCCACCUUACAAUUUCAACCCUAAUGUGACCUGCGGCAGAACUGGUUACAACAUUUGCAACGAAGGAUCGCGGUAUAUUAGCUGGGAUGGAACUCAUUACACUGAAGCUGCCAAUCUCGUCGUGGUAUCAAAGAUCCUUUCUGCAAAUUACUCUCAACCACAAAUAAAGUUUAACUAUUUUUGUCAUGCUUAAAAGGUUAUAAAUUAUUUGACACCCUAUAAUAAGAAAAUUUCUUAUAUGAAAGUGUAGAAUCUGUAGAUCACAAAUGGUCAAUAAAUGCAUUCUGCCUUUCUGACUUUGAAAA